AUUUUCCAAUUCGUUCGUGUGUAACGGGGACGAGGGCCCUAGGCCACGCCGGGAAGGUCUCUCCCUACACAAGGCUGCUGGGUCUUCUACCGCACUGCCGUGAACGCUAAUACCCGUCUCCUUCCGGCUCCCGGGGUGAGACAGCCUUGGCCUAGGUCGGAGGGGCGGAGGCGGUACGAGUUCUCGAGUUCCGGGAUUCUCGCGGGAAAACGCGAGUGUGGCGCUUCUCUGACGCACUUCCGGAGCGCGGUGGGGCCGCCGCGGCGGCUGCAAGCCUGGAGGAUGGUGGUUACUAGGUCCGCGCGGCCUCAGGCCGGGAUCCAAACCACGUCAGUUGAAAGCUCCCAGCAGAAGAAUUCUGCUGCCUCAAGAAUUCACGCACAUCCAAAAGGCUGGAAGGAAUCUCCAUCUGAUGACCCAAGUAUUGCUGAGUCACAGACCAGUAGGGAACAAAGUCCAGCUCCUAAAACCAGGAAGAGGAAGAGCGGAACUACAGGUUCAUUACCAGGAAUGAACAAACCUUCUACUGAUGGAGAGAUCUCUGAAGCAGAGUCAAACUGUUCUUCUGUGUCUGAGGCCCAGGAUCCCAUUUUAAGAGUAACUAGGAGAAGUCAGAUCUUAAUUGCAGGCACCCCAGUUUCCAGUGUAAGGAAAAAGCUGAAAAUAACUCGAGUAAGUGAGUCUCAUACUGAAGAAGAAGUCUCUGAAGCAGAAUCACAUAUUUCAGGUAUUUCUAGAAUUGUGCAUCCCACAGAAAUAACAACAAGAACCAGGAGAAGUAAGGCUAAAUCCCGAACCGAUCCAAACCAAGAAUCCCAUGUGGAAGCUAAUUCUGAUGCUGAGUCAUCAUGCUCAGACAUUUCUUCAUUUUCUGGAAUUGCAACUAGGAGAACAACAAGGAGUAUGCAAAGGAAAUUACAGGCACAGACUGAGGAGAAUGAUACUAAGAUUGUACCAGGAAAUGAAAAGCAAAUCAUAAAUACACCUGUGAAUUUAGAGGAUUCAGAUACCAGACGAACUUCUCGUUUACUAGCAGGAUUGCUUUCUCAGAUAAAUAAGCCAAAUAUCUCUAAUAAUGAAACUUAUGAUGACCCUGAUAAUGACUCCUUUGGAAAUUCAGGAAAAAAAGUAAUAGUGCAAAAACACCAAAGUUUUAAUAUAAGAGAGGAAAAACAAGACAGUGUUUCACCUCUCAAAGAAAUAACAAAGCAGAAUUGUAAGAGCUUAGAGGAAGAAGCCAAAGGAAUAAUAGAUGCGGGAAAAGAAAUUAAUGAGAAAAAUUCUCAGUUGAAAAGUCUUUCUGAACUUCAGGACACUAGCCUUCAGCAGUUAGUUUCGCAAAGGCAUUCAACCCCUGAAAGUAACAAAACCACCUCAGCAUCCUCAAACCUGAACUGUGAGGCUGUAAUGAAAUCGUUAGCUCAAACAUUUGCAGUUGUGGAAGUGGACAGAUGGAAUGAAGAGAGAAACAGCAGCAUAAAAACAAGUGACUGGAUAGAACUUGGUGAUGGUGGUGAUAGUGAUGAAGAAGAAGAGUGCACAGUUAUAUGUGUUGGCGAAGACAUGAGCAAAGAAAGGGAUGUAGAUUUUGAGUGUGAUACCAAACUGUGUGAAGUUGAGCCCAGCACAUCUCAGGAUAAAGAUGAUUCUGUUUUAUUAGUUCUCAGCAGUGAUGAAAGCCAGCAGUCUGAAAACAGUGAGAAUGAAGAGGACACUGUGUGUUUCAUUGAAAAUAGUGGUCAAAAAGAGUCAUUAAAUGGAGACUCAGAAAAUACAUCACCUGACAAUGCAUUGUUUGUAAUUGACACAACUCCUCGAUUGAGUACUGAUAAAAAUUUUUGCUUGGAUGAAGAAGACAAGGCAAGUGAGGUUGCUACUGAGGAAGAAGAGGAGGAGGAGGAAGAAAGUGAAGAAGAACCAUCAGACAGUGACAGAAGUAAAGAUAAUGAGUUUAGUGAUGAAGACAACUUACUAAAUAGCACAAAAUCUAAACUUCUGAAGUUGACUAGCAGCAGCAUAGAUCCUGGUCUGAGUAUUAAGCAGCUGGGUGGUUUGUAUAUUAAUGUCAAUGCAGACAAGCUACAGUUGAACAAGAGAACCCUAACACAGAUCAAGGAGAAAAAGAAAAAUGAGCUUUUGCAGAAAGCCGUCAUUACUCCUGAUUUUGAAAAAAACUACUGUGUCCCACGAUAUAGUGAAUCAAAGCAUCAACGUCAGAAAAACCGCAGACAAGAGCGACAAAAAACAGCAGGUGAUGGCUGGUUUGGUAUGAAAGCUCCAGAACUGACAGAUGAACUGAAAAAUGAUCUCAAAGCACUGAAGAUGAGAGCUAGCAUGGACCCAAAAAGGUUUUACAAGAAAAAUGAUAGAGAUGGCUUCCCCAAGUACUUCCAGAUUGGAACCAUUGUUGACAAUCCAGCUGACUUCUACCAUUCACGAGUUCCCAGGAAACAAAGGAAGAGAACUAUUGUGGAGGAACUGCUGGCCGAUUCUGAGUUCAGAAGAUAUAACCGAAGGAAGUACUCAGAGAUUAUGGCUGAUAAGGCAGCAAAUGCAGCAGGAAAGAAGUUUCGAAAGAAGAAGAAGUUUCGCAAUUAAGAUUCACCAAGCAAAUCACAAAAUUUUACAUCUCCCCUUUAUUUAUUACUAAAGAUAUUUUGAAAACUGACACAACCAUCACACAAAUUAACAUAGCCUGGCCCUAUUUAUAUAUAGGGAUUUCUCUUUGGAAAAAGUUGAUUUUAGAGAGGAUUAAUCACAUGCCCCUUGGGAUAAAAAUAGGGGUGUCUACAAAGGAUCCACUCAUGCUUAGACCCUUUGAGGAGGAAAAAAAGGAAAAUAACCUCAGUCAUUUAACAUUUUUGUAAAGUUUUCAACAUUUGGUUAUUUAAAGAAAAUUUAAAACAUUUAAAAAAUAUAAAGUUUGCUAACAUUCAAAUAUUUUAAAGUAAUAUGAUCAAACAUACGUGAGCAAUAUUGUAAUGAUUAUGUAGAGAGGUGUGUGUAGGGGGGAGAUGGUGCCCUUUUGUCAGUUGCACAUUCAAGUCCAGAAAAUUGGUGAAGCUGGGAUACAGAGAUCUUGUUGCCAGUGUAACAGUCACAGUUGAAACCAAAGAAAUGUUAAAAGUGUUCUUGGGGCUUCCCUGGUGGCGCAGUGGUUGAGAGUCUGCCUGCCGAUGCAGGGGACAUGGGUUCGUGCCCUGAUCUGCGAAGAUCCCACAUGCCGCGGAGCGGCUGGGCCCGUGAGCCAUGGCCGCUGAGCCUGCGCGGCUGGAGCCUGUGCUCUGCAAUGGGAGAGGCCACAACAGUGAGAGGCCCACGUACCGCCAAAAAAAAAAAGUGUUCUUGGAGCAUGUGUAUGUUAGUAUAUGACCAAAGAACUAAAUGAAGCUAUAAAAAGGACUUAAAAAAUAGACUACUUGGAAAGUCUGGGUUAAAGGUAGAAGCAGGAGAGCUAUUUUCCUUCUUUAGCAACUGCAACAGGAGGAAAGAUAGAUUUUCUCCAGAUUCAAUAUUGCGUUCCAGUGAAAUAGUAUUAAUAUAAUAUUAAUUUGGCCAGGAGGUAAAGUGGCCCAGCCUAUCUUAUCUCCAGUGGCAGAAAUAUGCAUCCUGGCUAAAGCAACUCACGACACCCAAGAAGUGUUGGCCAUUUCUGUUCAUGCUUCCUGGUGGGUUAUUGCUUCCUUCAUGUCGUUAUUCACGGGACGUCUGUUUUGUAGCAUACUGCUUUCUUGGGAUUUCAGUAAAUAAGAAAUCUCCUAUUUUGUGUUUACUGCUUGGGAUCAUAAGCAGCCUAGUAGUAAAACAACGACAUUCAUAGGUGGAGUUAGUGAAACAUCUCUCUCUGUUUUAUAGAAAAGCUUUUAUUCCAAGAAUAUUAAGUUUUGCCUUCUGGGUAAAAUAAGGACCUGCUAUGAGAGAAUUAAAUAUAAAAACAAGAAAUAAUUUACCCUUUACACAUUCUUCCAGAAGGAGACAUUGUUAGUAGAACGUUUCUUCAGCUCAUGCUACUAUGCUAUAAGAACAGUCAAAGCUGUCAAUCCUUUUGUAUGGUGUUUCUUGGCGCAAUUGAGGACUUACGCGGUUUUUUCUCAGGCUCAAGGUGUGUGUCAACUUUAUUCAUGACUUUCAUGCUGGUUUCUGACUAGUGAAUGCUAGAAUAGGUUGAAUUAUUUGAUACUUCAAAACUGCAGUUAUGACAAAUAUUUGGUACAUUAUAGUGCAUUUUACAGGGAAAGCAAGAUUGGAGAACUAAUCCUUCCCACGCAGAGCAGCAUUAGAGCUCUGGAUUGGAAGGCAGUGAUGAGGAACGAGAACUGAACCUAAGCGCCAAGUUCACCUCUCACUAACCCACCUUAGAGGUGCUCUCAGUACGUGUUUUGAGUACAGUUGACUCUUGAACAACACGGGGGUUAGGGGCACUGAACCCCAUGCAGCUGAAAGUCAGAAACCCUUAACAGUAGGCCCUCUGUAUCCACAGCUCUGCAUCUGAGAACCAACUGUUCAACUGCUUGCAGAUCAUGUAAUAUCAAUACUUUUUAGUAUGGAUUUAUUGGGGAAAAAAAUCUGUGUAUAGUGGACCUGCCCAUUUCAAGCCUGUGUUGUUCAAGGGUCAAAUGUAUUAUAGUUACAUUUUAACACGCUCUUUUUUUGUCUCCAUUGAUUCUUUUUUUUUUUAAAUCUUAUAUGUAUUUUUGUAAGCCACAUGAGUAACUUGGAACAAAGUAGAGAGUUAUCAACGAAUGUAAAAUAACUUAUUCAGUGAAAUAAAUGCUUCAGCUGAAAGUCA